UGUCGAUCUCCUUCCGUUUCCAUUUUCAUUUGGCUACGACGUGACUCGUUAGCUACUGCACACGCCGAUGCCUUUAUUCUGCAUUGACAUCAAGUUCGCUCUUGUUUGACACCAACUACCGUGAUGUAUAAAGCAGUUAUGGAUUCCAAGUGGUAGGCUUCGAUGGUGGAGCGAAGUUGGUGAGCCUGAGGUUUCUACACAUAGUGAAUUUUUGAAUCCGACUAUAAUCGACACCUAACGAAAAAAGCAAGAGCAGCAAGAUGACAGCCUCACCGAUGAUGCUGCACCACCACCAGCUGACCACGCUCCAGAAACGGCGCAACGCCCGGGACGCUAAGCGGGAGGUGCAGGAGCUGAAGUCAAACUUUCAAGUUUUCAAAUCGCAGGUCAAAAGCCUGCUCGAAAAUUACAACCGCUUCAGCUCUUUGGAGCUCGAGCGACAGCUGGCGGCUAGGUUGUUGCGAAGCGAGCAGGAGCGGCUGAUGUACAAGAAAAUGCUUCAUAACUUGAAGGGCAGCAUUCGGGUUUUUUGCCGGGUGCGACCCGAGCUGCAGGACGUCGGUAUAGAGAUCAAAGUUGUUGGGAAAGUUGUUUGUAAAGUUCUGGAUUCCUUUCUGAUACUCAUACUAGCGGGUCGACGCUCUGUGCUGAGUUUGAACUUUGUCAUAAUUUGAGCUUCAGAAUAAAGAAUCAUUUUCCUUGUUCCACAGACCCGCCCUACAGCCGUUCGAGCGACGCGAGCCACUUGAAAUUCGUAUCGGAAAAGCAGUUGGAAGUGCACUCCGCCAACAGCGACCCGAAGAUGUUCUUUUUCGACCGGAUUUUCGCGCCGCCGCUCCCGGAGCAGGGGUCCUCGUCCGGGAUGUCGCAGGUGGUCAACCAGGAGCUGUUCGAGGCGGUGAACGAAGAGAUUCUCGCCGCCUUCGACGGCCAGAAUGUCGCUUUGAUCGCGUAUGGUGCGACGGGGACCGGGAAGACCUACAGUUGCAAUGCCAUCAUGGAAAAAACGAUCAAGGAGAUCGACAAGGCGUGGAAAAAGUGCAUUCAAGCAGGCGAGGAGAUGGAGAUCGAGGCGCAGCUGGUGGAAAUUUACAAUGAGAACAUCCGAGAUCUGCUCGACACGAGCGGCAAUGGAACAAACGGCAGCUCUUUGUUAACCACACCCGCGGGACUCCCCAGCCACAACUCAGCCAACACGGCUUCGAGCCUGAAAAUCGUGGGACAAGGGGCGUCGAGCAGCAGCGACGACAAUUACGCGACUACGGAGGUGCAGGGCGCGAAGCGGCUUCGGCUGGACAACGCGCGGAUCCAGUCAAGCUUGGCCCGGAUUCUCAAGCUCGGCCACGACAAUCGGGCGACGUUCGCAACGAACGUGCACGAGCACAGUUCGCGGUCGCAUCUGAUUCUGACACUGUGGAUCACGACGUACACGAAAAGCGCGACCACCUGCUCGCCGUCCGCGGCUACGCGAAACCUCGUGGCUUCUGGCACGACUGGCGCUAUUAAAGUAGGAGCUGCGGGCGGCGCAACGCAGCUGAAGAAAACCGGGAAGCUUUCCUUCGUCGACCUGGCCGGGUCCGAGCGGGUGAAAAAAUCCGAGGUUACAGGCGAUCGUUUGAAAGAAGCACAGUACAUCAACAAAUCGCUUUCCGCACUGCAAGACGUGAUCUGGGCCUUCGAGAGGAAAAUCGCGCAUAUUCCGUACCGAAAUUCCAAGCUGACUCAUCUACUGCAGGACAGUCUGGGCAAACACGACGGGAAUAGCAGAACCGUGAUCUUGAUCACGCUUUCGCCCAGCGUUUCGUGUCAAAAGGAGACACUGCAAACGUUGCAAUUCGGCAGUCGGUUGAAUUCCGUGAAUUUCUCUGCCGCGAGUAAACGCGGCGCUGAGUCGGUGGAGCAGAACAGGCUCAAAAGUAUGCUGGUCGUGGAAAAAAAGGAAAAGGAAACUUUGCAAACUGGGUUCGAGAAACUUCGAAGAGACUACGAAAUACAAGAGCUCAAGAUGAAGGAAAAGGACACCAUGAUCCGGGCACUGAAGCAACAGGUACAACGUGUCUAUGCUGUUAACCGAGACAAAAAGAAAUUUAUUGAUUUUUGUCGUGUGCUGCAGAAGUAAAGAUAAAGAACAAGAACCGGUUGCAUUCGUUAAGUUCGUGUGCACGUCGCUGUGUCUACGAUCUGCUAAUCGUCAUACGUUUCACGACCCCCUUUGCGUCAUUUUGCUAUGCCACAAAAAGCAAAAAGAAAAAUAGGUGCAGCAGGUAGAGACUGGCUCAUCCCGGCCGUCCAACUACUCGACGCCAAUCCAGUUUCCGCCACGGUCUCAAGCUUCGCCCCUGAGCGCGGUCUCGAAGUUCGUGUCGCCGCGAGGAGCCACGCCUGGUAGGUUCUUAGUGAGUCGGUUCCGGCCCAGCAUUUUUCACCGUGAAAAUUUAUGUAUUACCGUAUUUGCAGGGAAGAUAAGCUAGCAAUUCUAAGUAGGGCAGUUUUUAGGGAUUGAGUGAUAUUAUUCCCUGCUCGUUGAAAAUAAAUCUCAACUGCACGAUUCUAUCAGGGUCCAGCGGCACUAAUCCUUCGAGCGGUUCCCGCGGCCCGAAUUCCUCCCGGCCUUCGCCAACACAGGAUCUUCUCUCGGGAAGUUCUCAGUUUGGCGGUAGCGCGAAGCUGCACCUCGUGGACUUGACCAGUCGCAGCGCAAACGGGUACUGCACCCCUGCGUUUCCGUCUUCUUCGUCCUCCUCGUCGCACGUCACCAACUCUAGCCCAACGGAGAAGGACGAGAAAACCAUUUUGAUCAACCACGACCCUUUCAACGCGUCCGCCAGCGGCACUUCGUACGACAUCAAAGACCUCGACGAUCCCGCAAGCAUUCCCAAGCCUGGACCGCCCAUGGCAGCAAAUAGAUUCAUUUCCUCAGGCGGGUUUCGAAUGGUCGACCGAAACACGAUCGGGGCACCACCGGGCGAUGCGAACAAGCGCUUGUUUGCGGGGCUGACUGCGGUAAAUCAACAUGGCCAACCGAAAAAAUUAUCCUCUCCGUUUACCACGAACUACCCGACGACAGCGAUGCCGCUGACAGCGAGGCCGAGCCGCGCUGGUGCCGACGGAAUAAGUAGAAGAGAUGUUGUUCUCGACAAUGAAGGUGCCAGCACUUCUGGUUCUAGCUCUGCGCCGCGUGCAAAGUCGUCCAGUCCUGCAAAGAACGUCUCCCCCCGCGCACUGACAACCAGGGUAAACCGUGCUUCGCCGAUGCAGGUUGGGGGCGUGUUCAAACCGCGGAACGACUGGAACGGUAUUCUUGCCGGGUCCUCGUCCUCAGCUUCGUCUUCGUCCGCGGUCUCGGACGCGAAGAAUGCGGUUGAUGGAAGGAGGGAACAAGGGAAGCCCUUUUACACGUCGGCUGCUGCAGCCACGAGUUCCAGGACGACCGCAGCUGCUCCGAAUGCGGUGGGAGCAGCUUCGACGGAACAUAAGUCCGCCGCGGAGCAGACCAAUUCUUCCCGUCCGGCCGAUCCUGCGUUUCACUUCUACAGCACUGUCAGCGAAGACACGAGUCGCGCGGGAUUCCUGACUGCGCGAGAAAGGAAACAGCGCGAAUCGCCGCCACCGAGCGCUAGCAAGGUCGCAUCCGACGAAGGCUUCUUGACGGCGAGAGGGUCAAGGACAGAGGAUCUUGGGGAACCAAACCAAUCUCAACCUGCGGCGCAAGCUGGUGGCAGUGCGGCGGCGUCCGCGACAAGUACAACUAGGGAAAUUUCGACCGUCGAGGCGAUGACGGCGGCAGCAACGACGGGCGCUAGCAACUACAGAAGUAGAAUAGACCAGCUUGUUACACCCGCCACGGGAGGCACGACAAGUGCGAGCGGCAGCGCGACGCGCACUUCGUCCGGCUACAAGUCGGUGAUGAGUUCCCUGCCCGGCGGGAAGUCCGACGUGCCGCCACGGACAAGCACCAGCACACCAGGAGGGUACAAUCAGGGGGGCAACCAGUCCGGGGUUUCUACACCAUUGGUUCCAACUUCAGUCGCGCGCAGCUCCCUCGCCUCCUCGUCCGCUCGAAAGACGCCACAGCAGCCCAGGUUUCUCGUGCAGGAAAUUAGUUCGAGGCAGGCCCGCGAGUUGGUAAAGGAUUACGAACCCGAUAACCACGGGAGCCCGGCUCUGAUGCUCAAGGAGGCACCCCGGGAUCGAGGCCUGGACCAAUUGCACGGCCUUUCUGCGGGAAAUAUGAAGAACCUGUUGGGCGACGAUAGAACAAGUGGCUCCGCCGGUGCAGGGACCGGCACUGCAUUCCCUUCGUCCGGGUUGAUCCAGCUUAACAACCCGGACAGCGCGUUCGGACUAGCGUCUGCAGGAGGUGUGAAUAAAGACCUUGACACGGUGUCACUGUCCUCCACAGAAAGCGACAUCAAGGAGCGACUGCAGUUUUUGCUCGAUAUCGACGGGACGAAGCAUGACGCGGGAACUUCGGCGGACAGCCACGAGGUGGCAAACGAGUCGAGUAGUACGAAGGCCGAUCAUCCUGUCGUGGCAGUCAGUAGGCACAGCAUUGGCGCUACAUCUACAGCGACCGGUCAACAACAUGCUCCCACCACAGCGCAAGCGCAGCGCCGGAUCUCGAACACCACGUCGCCGUUGACCGCGAUGGACCUUCGGAGAGUCUGGAACAACACUUCUGCGGGGAGCGCAACCGCAACGAGAAGCUCAAGAACACCGACGGGAACAACUGGAACCUCUACAGGCACAAAUUAUAAUCCGACCAAAACCAGUAGUCGAGCGCAGCCCGCUGGCGGGCAAACUAAUUUGUACCCAUUGGUGGCACCGUCUGCCACGACGUCGUCCUCUUCGUCCAGAUACAACAGCAAAUCCACUGGAAGUGGACAGCAACCGAAAAACGGCAGUACUGCCAUUUCCAGCGCGAGCAGCACCCUCCCUCCUGCCGCAGCUUUCAGCAUCGGCACGCCGGGGACGAGCCGACCCGGGCAAGUCACGCCGCUCUUGGGGAUGUACCCCAAGAUUCAAGUGCCAAAUUUCACCGGGAUCAACUAUGCAAACAUGCUGGUAAGCACGUCGCAGCAGCGCGGCACUGCGGGACCAGGGUCGACGACGCCUACUGCAUGGAAAUAGCAUUUGGAAGGAAAAAAACGCUGCAUGGAGCGUUCGUGUAGAAGCUUUUUGUCAUUGUCGGGAACGAAGAUUUUCGCAGGAUCCUCUUGCGAAACAUUUCGUACCGAUUCUUGCUAAUGCCCCACCUAAAAACAAGAAGGUAAAUCAAAUGAAUGCCACGAAGGCGGACAUACGCUAGCACUAGCUCCUCGAACACAUCACAUUGAUUCGUAAUCUACAACGACGUGCAUGAUUGAUUCAUCUGGUUGAAUGAUUUUUGGGUAUCCACGUGAAUGCUUUGGACUUCAAUAGCUUUCGCACAAAAUAAUCCAGGCUCAUGUGUCGGAACACAUUUUGUUGAAUAAUCGGAAAAUGUACCAAAAACGGAUGAGACAAAGGAUAAGGAAGCAGCAUUCUUUCGUGCUUGCAGUGUAACUUGGCCUUGGGUCAAACCAGCUAUAGCACGGCGUUUUCAUGAGCAUCGUAAAUGCAACUUUGAAAGAACACAGCCUAGCAUCAAUGAAUAGUUUUCCUCGGAGAAAAAGGAAAAUCAAAAUGCGAUUUUUUGACAGCACGACUGAAGUUCUGCCUUUGAUGGCAUUCCCAGGGAGAUGCAGUCUCACCAGUGUUCUAGUUCAAGCCACAAAUGGCCAAGAGUCAACAUCUACCUCAGACCUCCUGGUGUUUCGGUUCUCGGUUUUUUGACUGUUAUUGCAGACGGAGGCGUAGCUGUAUUCAGCGACAACAGAUCAGCAUCAUUACUAUCCGGAAACUUCGAGCAAUGUCAUUGUCAAUCUACGGACUUUCUUCAAACAGGGCGAAGUUUUUUUCAGUUUUUUCGAUAUUUCCA